CGCCUUUGAUGCGUCCAGCCCGCCGCAAAUAUUAACAAGAAGAAGAAGCAGUUUCAUGUUCGCCCACAUCUGAAGAGCUGCGGAGUCACUGCACGCAAAGCAUAGGAAAUAGUUGUGCAUUUUUAUGAAAAUUUGAAGAUCCAUGGCAUUCCAGAUAACAUUACCGAUUUCACUUCCAAUUCCAGCAGUACCUAGAAAAACAGAUGUUCUAAUACAAUGCAUCUUAGAGAACAAGACACAGAGAUUUCAGAGAUUAUUAAGAGGAAAAGAUAUUAAUGGACUGUACCCUUUUGAAGACUGGAAAGAUGAUGUUACUCCAUUAACUGCAGCAGUUUUAUGUAGAAAUGAAGAAAUCUGCUCUUAUCUACUUGGAGAGUCAGCUGAUCCAAACAAACUCUCAACAAAUGGACGAACUCCUCUACAUUAUGCUGCAUUUACAACUGGGGUUCCACUGACUAUUGUGAAAAGAUUACUUGCAGCAAAAGCAAACCCAAAUGGACAAGGAUUACAAAUUUUAAGUCCAUUACAAUGUGCUGUUGAUCGUGACCGUGAAGACAUUGUGAAGGCACUUAUAGAGGCUGGAGCUUCACCUGAAACUAACUAUGGGGUGAAUCCAGAGCUAGAUAAAAAAGUGGAGAGAAUGAUUCAUCAAUUAUCGUCACAGGAUGAAGUGUUUGAGAAAGUACAUCGGUUUUUCUCUCUUUCUUGUGCUGUACGAACAAAAACUCAGACAGAAGUUUACAGAGUCUAUGAGGAACAUUUCUUUCAAGAGGAUCCUUUCAGUCAUAUUAUUUUGUUUGAGGUGUAUUUUGGUGUCAUUGGUCAAGGUGCGGAGCAGUAUCAUCAGAGCGCCAUCAAGUUUUUAAAAGAUACAAAGAGUGCAGACAGAUACAUUGAGGGAGUCAUCAAGCGCUUCCCAAAAAUACCUCAGAAAUACUGGCUGAAUCCACUAAACUGCUUAUAUGUUGCUUUAUGUAUCAGCAAAAGCAUCUCUCCUCAGAUAUUCAGUGAUCUUGUGCCUAUUCUAACAUACAGACUUCAGCACUCCGGAAAUGCACAAGGAGAAAACAUCAAUCAUCUGAUACUAAAGAUACUCAGUUUAAUGAUGCAGAAGACGUCCGAGCAGAAACGGGUACUCAGUCAUUCUGUCUAUGAGAAGUUGUGCAAAAGUCUGUUGCCUCUAACACGUCCUGAUUAUUCAAGUCUGAUUGGAGUUUGGACAUAUGGACUGUUUGCAUGCAUAUAUGAUAUUGCUCCUGAACUUGUAGCAUUGUGUGGAUUAUCACCCGUCCCAGAGAAGAUACUUAACACUGCAGAGAUAGACAUGGAUGAAGUCAUGAAAAAAAAGCUGCAAAAGUUGGAUGAAUCACUGAGGCAUCCAGCAGGUUCGAGUGCAGUGGAUAGUUUAUGUGAGGAGACUGCAGCUCUAUCAACAAGCAGGAAGAAGAAGAAAAAGAAAAAGAAGAAAAUCCAGCAAAAUUUGGGAUCACAAGUAAGUGAGCAGCAAGAUAAAGAGGAACCAUAUCCAGACACUGUAGUGACAUCCAUUGAGGAAUCAAAUUCAAGUGUGCAGCCGUUCACACAUCCUGAUGAGAACUCAAGAGAGUGGCGUCAAAUCAGCCGUCGUUGGAGGUCCAAGCUUGAGAAGCUAGCUAACAUUGAUAUUAAUAAUACCAAUAGGCUGGGAAACCUUACUCUUGUACUCACUGAUGAAUUUCGUAUCGCUAAAGGAAGUGAUGGAACAGAAGUUUUCCUUGGUUUGAGGGAUGACGGCACUGAGGUGGCUGUGAAACGAAUGAUUAAGUCUAAUUACCAAGUCCUCAGAAAUGAGGAAAAAUUUCUACGACUUUUUGACAGUCCCUCUAUUGUGCGAUAUGUGGACUUUGCAAAGGAUAAGGAUUUUGGAUACCUUGUUCUUCAGCUUUGUGAGUACACACUGGAGGAAUAUAUCCAAGAUCAUUUACCAGAUGACAGCGCUGAGAGAUCUUUGGUUCUGAAGAAGCUGGUGAAGGAAGUUCUCUGCAGCUUACAGGUUUUACACGACCAGCAAACCAAAGUGCUCCAUCGAGAUAUCAAACCCCAGAAUGUCCUGAUUGACACAAAAGGAAAAGCGAGAUUGGCUGAUUUUGGCAUAAGUCGUCGAUUGAACCUCAGCCAAACCACUUUACGAACAAGCAGCGCUGGAACUAGAUGCUGGAAGGCAAAAGAGACCAUAGAUGAGGAGGCCAACACUGGGUACAAGAGGAGCUCAGACAUUCAGGUCGCUGGCAUGUUAGUGUACUACAUUCUCUCUGGAGGACAACAUCCAUUUGGUAAAGGUCCACGUUGUGAAGUCAACAUUCUAGAAGGAAGAUACUCACUGGAUCAUCUGGAUGAUGAUGUAGCGAAGGAUCUCGUCGAGAGGAUGAUAAAUGAAGAUCCAAAUGAGAGACCAACUGUGGAGCAAACCCUCGCACACCCCUUCGUCUGGACUGAUGACAGGAGAGUGGAGUAUUUGAAAAAAUUGGGGAACCAGAAAGAGGUUAACAACUAUCGUAAUGUUGAUGAGGAGCUCCUUCAAGCCGCUGAAAAAUACACAGAGGGGAAAAGCUUUUCUGAUUGGAAGACUAAAUAUUCAGACCCUUUGCUGUGACACUCAAAUAUUUAACUCAGGUGCUGUCCAUUUCUUCUGAUCAUCCUUGAGAUGAUUCUACACCUUCAUUUGCCAGAGGACGCUGAGAGCAUCAGCCUGAUGGCUUCAUUUCCUGAUCUGUUUGGGAGUGUGUUCAUGUUUGCGAAGGAGAGAGGAUGGAACUCCAGAGCGAGUCUGAAAAAGUUCUUCAGCUCAGCUCCACAGAUUUGAUUGUUGUAUUUUUGGUUUCAAUAUGUACAUUGAUUCUACAUCAUGAAUGAGUUUAAAUGUAUGGAUAAAUGUAGAUUCAUUGUUUUCAUGAAAUGAGGCGCUGACAGCUGAAAAACUCUGACACUUGAGGAGACAAAAUAUACCAAGAGUAUGUCGUACACCGAGCACGCAGUCUAUGCUAUGGGGCACCAGUACCCUAAAUAUCUGAUUUUAUUGUUUAUAGCCUAUUUACUACUUAUUUUAAAUGUACAGUAUGAUAUUACUCAACCAAUUGCUAACAACAUUGUUUUGCUCCGCUGAUCCUGUAAUAAUUUACAUGUUCCGCAAGGUGUAAGAACAAGGAAGGGCGUAUGCUUUCAUUUCCAGGAAAAUAUAAGAGUCACAUGCAGCGAGUCGGAAACUUUUCUUAGCAUUAUUCUUUUUAUUUUGUUGUUGUUAUAGGCUACUCAAGUACAGUGUCUUGUUUUUUAAUCAUGCUUGAUUUGUUUGUUGUUAUUUCACUGCUCUACAGAAUAGAUGUCUGUUAGAGUCAUAAGGCACAACUUGACUUUACUUCUUCCUUAACGCAACAAAAUCAGGACACCGAUCUGAUUAGAAAAUCUCUUUAAAAUUGGAUGCAGUGAUGGCCAGCAUAGAAUAGGCUGUAUUAGUUGAUGAUAGUGACAAAUAAUAGCCUAUGAAAGUGAGGAGGUCAGAUGUGCCAGUCAUAAA